AUGAUAACGAAGACGAACAAAAGUCAUUUGAGUACAAUUUUUAUUAAAAAAAGUAUAAAAUUUCAAGAAAAACAAGGAGAAGAAGAUGAAGCAUGUUUAAGACAUGAACGUUGCAAACGAAGAAAAAGAAAAUUUAAUUCUUUAUGCGUUUUCGUGGUUGAAACGAAACAAAAAGAAGCAAAACUUCCUUUCCAGAAACUCGCAAAAAGCAAAAUCUCGACCAUUAUAAAAUAA